AUGCUCAUGCUGGAUUGCACAACGGCAGGUCGCGGCGGGCGUGGUAGGGGCAUGGUCCUACCGGCCUGGAUGACCCAAAACAAGGGGGUUCAGCCGGUAGCGGGCGGCCUAGGGUCGGACAAGGCCGUCGCCGCCGGCAUGACGGUGCAGGAGCAGCAGCGCGCACCGGGCGGCCUUCAGGAUGCGGCCCUCUCUCGGUUCUCGCAGGCGCCACGCGCCCCUGCUGCGACUCCGGCGUCCACGAAGCCGCCCCCUUCGGUGGGAGGGGCUAGACCCGGGGCUCCUCCGGGCGCCCCGCCUGCGGCCCCGCCUGCGGCCCCGCCUGCGGCCCCGCCAAAUGCUCCGCCUGGGGCUCCACCAACUGCUCCGCCUGGUGCCCCGCCAACCGCUCCGCCUGGUGCCCCACCUGGGGCUCCGCCCGGGGCGCCACCGAGAGGUGCACCCCCCACGAGGCCACCGGGACGUGCUGGUUUGGGGUUCACCCCGCCGCCUGGCGCUGCCCCGGCUCAGCGUGCGACGUCGAGCUUUAGUUCCCCGCCUGUGAGCCGAGGCGCUCCUCCGCCGGUUUCGGCCCAGCAACCGGCGCCGCAGCAGCAGCAGCAGCGCCACCAACAGCAGCACCAACAGCACCACCACAACCAGGCCGCUCCUAUGUACAACAUGCCCCCGCAACAGCACCACCCGAUGUACCACCACGGCCAGCAGCCCCCGGCCAUGGGCGGGGUGCCCCCCAUGAUGAUGGUGCCGCCGUACGGCCGUCCGCCCAUGGCGCCCGGGAUGGCCCCGCCUCGUUUGGCCCCGCCGCCGGUGGCCCCGGUGGCUCACGGGUGGACGGAGCACAAGGCUCCGGACGGAAGGCCGUACUACUACAACUCCAUCACGCGCGUCAGCUCGUACGACAAGCCGGUGGAGCUCAAGACGCCCCAGGAAAAAGCAGCGGCGGCUGCGGCUGCGACGGCUGCGGCGGCUGCGGCCGCCGCUCAGUUGAGAGCGCCGGAGCCGGAGAAGGCGGCGUCUCCGUCCGAGAGCAGCGCGAAUGGUGCCGGCGGCGGGAAGAACAAGGGGGGAAAGAAGGGCAAGCCCGCGGUGGCGAAGGUGGAGUACAACACCGAGGAGGAGAAGAAGGAGGCGUUCGUCGAGAUGCUCAAGGAGUGCGAGGUCACCAGCACAACCAAGUGGCCUGAGACCCAGCGGUACUGUCAGUCCGAUCCCCGGUGGGAGCUCCUGAGGAAGGGUUCUCGCCGCCAGACAUGGACGGAGUACCAGAACAAGAGGCGGAAGGAGGAAGCCGAGGAGAAGCGAUCCAAGGCGAAGAAGGCACGCAUGGGUUUCAUGAAGAUGCUCGCCCAGAACACGCAGAUCGACGGCCGGUCGCGCUGGGACGAGGCGGAGCGCACCCUUCGCGACGACGCUCGCUUUAAGGCCGUGCCCGACUCUGCCGACAGGGAGGACCUGUUCAACGAGUUCGUGGAGGCCUUGACCAAGAAGGAGAAGGAGGACCGUCGUGCCGCCCAGAAGCUGGCCUCCGAGCGUUUCGUGGAGUUCCUCGAGGAGGAGUACCUGUCCCUCGGCAUCACCUUCCGGACCACCUGGCGCGACUCGAGGGACGUGAUCGAGCGCAAGGCCCCCGCAGAGACGGACGUGCUCGAAGACAACGACCGCCGCAGGCUGCUGGACGAUCUCGUCACCAAGCUCUGCAAGGCCGAGGACGACCGCAAGGCGAGGGAGAGGGACGAGCGGAGGAGGCAGGACCGCCUCCGCCGCGAGGACUUCAAGGAGUUCCUGCAGGGCAUGGUGGAGGAGAACGCCAUCACGGCGGACACGACUUGGAAGGACCUGAAGCGGUCGAUCGAGGAGGAGGAGGCCUACAAGGCCAUGGACGACCAGCCCGGCGGCGCCCGGGACGUUUUCGACGACAUCGUGGCCGACCUUCGGCGGCAGUUCCGCGACGACAAGAGGUGCGUGGAGGCCCUCAUGGAGGAGGCCAAGUUUGUCGUGACGCCGGAGACGAAGCAGCUCGAGUUCGAGGCUGCCCUUCUCGCCCACGAGGACGAUAAGUGCGCCGAGUACGAGCAGAAGCAGAAGGCCGCUAAGGAGGCCGUCGCCGCUGCCGGCAAGGGCAAGGGUGAGGACAAGGACGACGGCGGCAAGGAGAAGGCGAACGGGAAGGGUAAGGACAAGGACGGCAGUGAGGAUGGCAGCAGGAGAGGGCGCAGCCGCAGCAGGAGCCGCAGCCGGAGCGGGGACAGGAGGCGCAGGAACAGCAGGAGCCGCAGCCGCAGCGAUAGCAGGAGCCGCAGCAGGAGCCGCAGCAGGAGCGGGAGCAGGGGCCGAGGAGGAGGCAGGGGGUCCCGCAGGAGGGACCGUAGGGACAGGGGGGACAAGAAGAAGGACAAGGCGGCCGACGACCCCCCUCCCAAGAGGGUGUUCCAGGAGAUCCUGGACAAGAGGGCGGUCAACCUCGGCAUCGUCUUCGAAGCUCUGGUUGAGAAGGCCCAAGUCAAGCGCAAGGAAGAGGAGCGCCAGCGCGAGCGUCGCGAGAAGAAGUUUGGCGAUCUUCUUGAGGACUACUUCUACCGCUCCGAUCACGUCGACAUCGAUUGGGAACAGGGCCGGGACAAGAUCGGGAAGCACUCCGUGGUGAAAGAGAUGGAGGAGGACGACUGCAAGCGCAUGUUCGACGAGCACAUGUCGAUGUUGAAGGAGAAGAUGGCCAAGAAGGCCGCUCGGCAGGAACAGAUGCGCCUGGAGAGAGAGGCCAAGCGCAAGGAGCGCGAGGAACGCGAGAAGGAGGAGCGCGACAGGCGUUCUUCGAAGCGGGGACGGUCAUCGUCUAGAUCCUACUCGGACAGGUCCUACUCCAGAUCCAGAUCUCGCUCGCGCGGCAGCAGCAGGAGCGAUCGCAGGUCGAGGUCUCGUUCGGUGUCGAGGUCCCGGUCCCUGGACUCGAGGGACCGCUCCAGAGACCGCAAGCACCACAGCAGCAGCCACAAGAAGUCAAAGAAGAGGCACAGGAGCCGCUCGCCCGACUCUCCGUACCAGUCUUACUCGGCCCCCGUGGAGAAGCACAAGAAGGAGAAGAAGAAGUCCAAGAAGAACAAGAAGGACAAAAAGGACAAGCGCGACAAAGACAAGGAUCGCCACUCCUCCAAGCACGGCGACAAGGACAGCAAGGACAAGCAUGCCUCCGCGGCAGCCUCCAACUCCCGCAAGGACUCUAUGGCUGUCGACUCUGCCGAUGACGAGGAAGGUCAGAUUGACGUUGACAAGGGCAAGAAGGAGAAGAAGCAUGGCGAGGGCGAGGGGACCUCUCCUGCCACCAAGCGACCGCGCGUGGGAGCGGACAAGGAGGCUGAUGGUGGAGACGGUUCUCCGGAGAAGAGGGUGGCUGCACCGGAACGCGCGCACAAGGUGGAAGAGAACGGGAACGGUAGCGCCCCUGUCCCCUUGUGAGCUAUGCUAGCUGUCACAGAAUCUGUAACAAACCUGCAGUCGGCCAAUGAUCGAUCGACCGGUUUUUUAUGGGUGCCAUUUUCGGGGUUGGAUCGGUUCGCCUGCUGUAUUCUAGGUGGGCGGGGGGUUGGGGAGGGGGCGGGUUGAUGCUGUACGCUUUUUGUUUUUGGUUGCUGCGGGUGUGGUCUGAGUGAAAGAGAGAGGAGUUUGUGACUCAAAUGUUGGUCGUACCAAUACCAAACCUGACACGACCAGGGGGAGGCGAGGGCGGCUUGGACAUGUAGACCGAGUCACUCGUGCAGGGUCUUU